GGUUAAUGUUAGCUAGCUUGUUAGACAGUUGGUUAAUGUUAGCUAGUUUGUUAGACAGUUGGUUAACGUUAGCUAGCUUGUUAGACAGUUGGCUAACGUUAGCUAGCUUGUUAGUUAGUUAACGUUAGCUAUCUCACGAUGCACACAGACAGGUUCAUUUAAUUUAUACUCUAGAUUAAUAAAUAUAAAUAAAUUCCGAUUCUCUGUGCGUGAAUUGCGUAUAUAUGCAUUAUUUGGAUAAACUAAUGACACAUUUGGAAUUUAAAUGAUUACUUUUUUGCCUGACAAAUUAUUAAAAUAGAUUAUAGAUGAAUAAAUAGAUGAAGCAAGAACAGGUGGAUGUUGGGACGUUAGUUUUACUGUGAGCUUCGGGCUCCAGAAGCAGUGUGUCCGCCCCUGUCAGGAAACACCGCCCUCCUCCGGCCCCUCCCUGCCCGCACUGUUUGAUGGAAAAACACCAAAAUGAAGGUUUUCCUCGCACUCUGCUGUGAACCGCUCCGCUCUGGUACAGCAGUCUAGCGAUGGUGUAUGCCUCAUCAAACACAGUCCGUGUCAACCCCUCCCUUUACUCUCCAUCUUUCACCUAUCAGAUGUCAUUUAACUUCUCUGAGAGGGAGAACGCAACUGUCCUGGCAAUCCUACCCACAACUCCCCUCUGCAGCCUCGGGGGCUCGUCCUACGGCGGGCCGAACAGAACCUCCACCUCCGAUGAGUUGACUUCAGGCGAGGUCGCCGUCCUGGGUUUGGUGUUCGGGGUUCUCUGGUUGGUCUCCAUCCUGGGAAAUGCCCUCGUCUGUCUGGUCAUCCACCGGAGCCGACGGACUCAAUCCACCACCAACUACUUUGUGGUGUCGAUGGCGUGUGCAGACCUGCUCAUGAGCAUCGGCUGGGCGCCCUUCAUCCUCCUGCAGGUCGCCUCAGGACGAUGGCCACUGAGUGCCGCUACCUGCAAGGCCGUGCGCUACCUGCAGCACCUCUGCCCCGGCGUGCAGGUCUAUGUCCUGCUGUCCAUCUCUGUAGACCGCUUCUAUACAAUCGUGUACCCGCUCAGCUUCAAAGUGUCCAGAGAGAAAGCGAAGAAGAUGAUCGCGGCCUCGUGGUUGUUUGACGCAGCCUUCGUGGCGCCCUGUCUCUUCUUCUAUGGCUCAACAGACAGCAGUCAUUGUGACUUUUUCCUUCCGGUCAGCUGGGGCAGUAUAGCCUACGCCGCCGUUCAUCUCCUGUUUGGGUUUUUGGUCCCAGUGGCGCUGAUCGUGUCAUUCUACCAGCGGGUCAUCCGCUACAUCUGGAGGAUCAGUGCUGACGGCCACACGGUGCGUCGGACGAUGAACAUCGUCCCACGGACUAAAGUCAAGACCAUCAAGAUGUUCCUCAUGCUCAACUCAGUUUUCUUCCUCACCUGGACGCCCUUCUACGUCGCCCAGCUGUGGCACCCGAGGGAGUCCGACGGACCGAGCAGGCAGGGGCUGCUGUUCUUCACGGCCCUCACGUGGAUCUCUUUCAGCUCCACAGCGUCCAAGCCGACCCUGUACUCCGUCUACAAUGCAAACUUCAGAAGGGGCAUGAGGGAGACCUUCUGCAUGUCGUCCAUGAAAUGCUACCGCAGCAACGCGUACACCAUCACGGCAAGCUCCCGGGUGGCCAAAAAGAACUACAUUGGGGUCGUGGAAAUCCCAGUUCAAGCCAAUACGCUCGCCAAGGACUCGGUUCACGAUACGUUUGGCCGAGAGGCGAAGGAAAAGAAGGUCGCCUGGACCUCGAAUGCCAACCCUCCGAAUACUUUUGUCUAAGUGAGUUUGGAAACUGUGAACGUACACAAAUCAUUCUUCAACAGCACAACGUCAGUGUUGGCAGGUACAGCUAGCUCGGGACUAACAUGCUCGCCCUGUAUCCAACGACGACUCGCAGACACAGAAUGUUUCCAGUUUGUAUAAAAGGGCUUUUUUCUGAUGAAACACCUUGUGGCAGCCAUAUUGGAGGCGAACAGCUAGACGUUUUUAUACUUCAGAUUUGAAUCAUAAUCUAUUUAUGUGCAGUAUUUUGACGGAUUGUUUUUGCCAUUGAUGCAUCAGAUUUUGUGUUUUGAUGUCAGUUUGUUGUAAAUGCAUCUGAUUGGCUGCAGUGAUGUAUGUGGUAGAAGCUAACGUAAGUAGUGGCUACUCGCCGUAUGUUGACAUCAUCUGCUUCUCUACGUUAAGAGUUGUUGCUAACAAAACCAGGAAUCUACAGUUUGUUUCCUCUGAUGUAUUUAAAGUUAAACUCGCAGUGUUAAUAAAGUGAUGGAGUCGUGGCGUGGGAGGAGCCACAAGUGUUUUCAGGGUUUUGGAAAAUAUCUGAUGAAACGUCAAAAAGUACAUCCCGAUGAAAGAGAUCGAAAUAUAAAUAAAGGAAUCCGUAAAUACUCACCAA